GUGAAAGUGAAAGUGUUCAGUUUGAGGCGACAGACAAGGGAGGAAUCUAAAGCUGAUGCAGGACUUGUUAUUGUGUGGAGGAAACAGAAGACAAAAUGGAGUCUGCAAAAGAACCUCUACGCUUCAGAACUGAACCAGAACCCUCAGACACACAAGUUCAGUCCAACAGACAGAGAGCAGAGUCUCCAGUGUCCAGCUGUCCGUCUCUGAAGAGUGACUGGUCCAAAGAAGGACUACCUCCUGACUUCAGUACUGAACCAGAACCAUCAGACACACAAGUUCAGUCCAACAGACAGAGAGCAGAGUCUGCAGUGUCCAGCUGUCCGUCUCUGAAGAGUGACCGGUCCAAAAAAGAACCUCUACAGUUCAGAACUGAACCAGAACCCUCAGACACACAAGAGAAGAAGAGGAGGCAUGUUUCUGUGGAGGAGCAGCCGUCCUGCUGUUCUUUGUGUCAGGACGUCCUGAAGGAUCCAGUCUCUACCAGCUGUGGACACUGGUUCUGCAGACAGUGCAUCACCUCAUACUGGGACCAGUCUGCUUCAUCAGGAGACUCCACCUGUCCCCAGUGUGGAGAAAGAUCCAGAACAAGAGCUGGACUGCAGACAGUCAGUCAGACUAACACUGCACCAACUGAUAGUCUUCUGCAGGAGGCUUUAGAUGAACAUAAGAUCAGUCUGAGGAGGAGAUGUGAACAUGUGACUGAAGGAAGUGAUGAAACAGGAAGUGAUGAAACAGGAAGUGGAACCCUCCUCAACAGGAUCUACACUGAGCUCUACAUCACAGAGGGACAGAGUGAAGAGGUUAAUACCCAACAUGAGGUGAGACAGCUAGAGACAGCUUCCAAGAUGGAGACCCUCCAUGACACUCCAAUCAGGUGCUGCGACAUCUUUAAAGCCUCAGCUGACCAACAGAGACGCAUCAGAGUGGUUCUGACCAACGGCGUCGCUGGAGUUGGAAAAACCUUCUCGGUGCAGAAGUUCACUCUGGACUGGGCAGAGGGCUCCGAAAACCAAGAUGUCAGUCUGCUGGUUCUGCUGUCGUUCAGGGAGCUGAACCUGAUCAGAGAUGAGCAGUACAGUCUUCUCAGGCUGCUCCAUGUUUUCCAUCCAACAUUACAGAAGGUGACAGCAGAGAAGCUUGCUGUCUGUAAACUUCUCUUCAUCUUUGACGGCCUGGAUGAAAGCAGACUUUCACUGGAUUUCAACAACCAUGAGGUCGUGUCUGAUGUCACACAGGAGUCAUCAGUCAGCGUGCUGCUGACAAACCUCAUCCAGGGGAAGCUGCUUCCCUCGGCUCUCGUCUGGAUCACUUCCCGACCUGCAGCGGCCAAUCAGAUCCCUCCUUCAUGUGUCGACAGGGUGACAGAAGUACGAGGCUUCACUGACGUCCAGAAGGAGGAGUACUUCAGGAGGAGGUUCAGAGAUGAAGAUCUGUCCAGCAGAAUCAUCUCACACAUCAAGACCUCCAGGAGCCUCCACAUCAUGUGUCUGAUCCCAGUCUUCUGCUGGAUCACUGCUACAGUUCUGGACCACAUGUUGACUACAGACCAGAGAGGAGAGCUGCCCAAGACCCUGACUGACAUGUACUCACACUUCCUGCUGGUUCAGACAAAGAGGAAGAAGCACAAGUACGAUGAGGGACAUGAGACGAGUCCACAGGAGCUGACGGAGGCUGACAGGGAAGUUCUUCUGAAGCUGGGGAGGCUGGCGUUUGAACAUCUGGAGACAGGAAACAUCAUGUUCUACCAAGAAGACCUGGAGCGCUGUGGUCUUAAUGUCACAGAGGCCUCGGUGUACUCAGGAGUUUGUACAGAGAUCUUCAGGAGAGAGAGUGUGAUCUUCCAGAAAACAGUCUACUGCUUUGUUCAUCUGAGUGUUCAGGAGUUUCUGGCUGCAGUCUACAUGUUCCACUGUUACACCAACAGGAACACAAAGGUCCUGGAGGCUUUUCUGAAAGACUCAAAACCAAAGUCUGUUUUUGAGAAGAUUUCCAAAUUUUUUGAUAGGGGCACUGGUGGCCAGGAGACCAGUUACCCAUCCCUGGAUGACUUCCUGAGGAGAGCCAUGCAGAAAUCCCUUGAAAGUAAAAAUGGCCACCUGGACCUGUUUGUUCGCUUCCUUCAUGGCCUCUCUCUGGAGUCCAACCAGAGACUCUUAGGAGGUCUGCUUGGUCGGACAGACAACAGUCCAGAAAUCAAGCAGAGAGCCAUCAACAACCUGAAGGAGAUGAACAGAGAUGACGUCUCUCCUGACAGAAGCAUCAACAUCUUCCACUGUCUGAUGGAGAUGAACGACCACUCAGUUCAUCAGGAGAUCCAAGAGUUCCUGAAGUCAGAGAACAGAUCAGAGAAGGAACUCUCUGUGAUCCACUGCUCAGCUCUGGCCUACAUGCUGCAGAUGUCAGAGGAGGUUCUGGAUGAGUUGGACCUGCUGAAGUACAAAACAUCAAUGGAGGGACGACUGAGACUGAUUCCAGCUGUGAGGAACUGCAGGAAGGCCCUACUGUAUAGCUGUGGACUCUCAGAGACUCACUGUGAAGUUUUGGCCUCAGCUCUGAAGUCCAACCCGUCCCAUCUGAGAUUACUGGACCUGAGUAUCAACAGCCUGAAGGAUUCAGGAGUGAAGCUACUGUCUGUUGGACUGGAGAGUCAAAACUGUGCACUAGAGAGUCUGAGAUUGUGGGGCUGCAGUUUGUCAGAGAUCAGCUGUGCUUCUCUGGCCUCAGCUCUGAAGUCCAACCCCUCCCAUCUGAAAUAUCUGAACCUGGACAACAACAAGCUGCAGGAUUCAGGAGUGAAGCUGCUGUGUGAUUUUCUACAGAGUCCAAACUGCAGACUGGAGAUUCUGGGAUUGAGGAGCUGCAGUAUGUCAGAGAUCAGCUGUGCUUCUCUGGCCUCAGCUCUGAAGUCCAACCCCUCCCAUCUGAAAUAUCUGAACCUGGACAACAACAAGCUGCAGGAUUCAGGAGUGAAGCUGCUUUGUGAUUUUCUACAGAGUCCAAACUGCAGACUGGAGAUUCUGGGAUUGAGUCGCUGCAGUUUGUCAGAGAUCAGCUGUGCUUCUCUGGCCUCAGCUCUGAAGUCCAACCCCUCCCAUCUGAGAGAGCUGGACCUGAGUGACAACAAGCUGCAGGAUUCAGGAGUGAAGCUGCUUUGUGAUUUUCUACAGAGUCCAAACUGCAGACUGGAGACUCUGAGAUUGAGUCGCUGCAGUUUGUCAGAGAUCAGCUGUGCUUCUCUGGCCUCAGCUCUGAAGUCCAACCCCUCCCAUCUGAGAGAGCUGAACCUGGACAACAACAAGCUGCAGGAUUCAGGAGUGAAGCUGCUUUGUGAUUUUCUACAGAGUCCAAACUGCAGACUGGAGAUUCUGGGAUUGAGGAGCUGCAGUAUGUCAGAGAUCAGCUGUGCUUCUCUGGCCUCAGCUCUGAAGUCCAACCCCUCCCAUCUGAAAUAUCUGAACCUGGACAACAACAAGCUGCAGGAUUCAGGAGUGAAGCUGCUUUGUGAUUUUCUACAGAGUCCAAACUGCAGACUGGAGACUCUGGGAUUGGAGAGCUGCAGUUUGUCAGAGAUCAGCUGUGCUUCUCUGGUCUCAGCUCUGAAGUCCAACCCCUCCCAUCUGAGAGAGCUGGACCUGAAUGACAACGACCUGCAGGAUUCAGAUGUGAAGCUGCUGUCUGAUCUGAAGGAGAGUCCAGACUGCAGACUGGAGGCUCUGAGGUGGAGUUGAUCUCUGUGAGAGUGGUGAGAAAGGUGGAGGUGUUGAGAGGAUCAGCUGUGUCCUGAUGAUCCAGAGAGGUUGAAGCAGCACCAUCAGCUGGUGGGUGGAGAGGCUCUGACUGGGCCGUGUUACUGGGAGGUGGAGUGGAGAGGAGAGCUUCAUCCAGCAGUGACUGACGGACCAAUCACAACAAGUGGAGAUGACUGUCAGUGCUGCAGUGUGAACUGCUCUGAGAUCAGCUCCACUGUCACACACAAUGUCCAGUCCAGCAUCAUCCCUGUGUUCCUCUGGAUGUGACAGAGUAUCAUCAGUGUAUCUGGACUGCUCUGCUGCUGCUCUGUCCUUCUACACAGUCUCUGCACACACACUGACACUCCUCCACUCCUUCUGCUCCACACUCAGACACCUCCUCCACCUGGACCUCCACCUGGACCUCCACCUGGACCUGGACCUCCACCUGGACCUGGACCUCCACCUGGACCUCCACCUGGACCUCCACCUGGACCUGGACCUCCACCUGGACCUCCACCUGGACCUGGAGCUUUAUUCUUUUAUUCACUCACAUAUUCUCAACACAAAGAGCCUCAACAGCUGUUUGCAAACAAAACUGUUGAUCAACAUAUUUAACUAGAUAUUUGUUUUUGCUGUCAGUUGCAGCUCCACCAUGUGGAAUGAUGGUGAAUUGCAGUUUAUUUCCACAUUAUAUUUUUAGAAGUUGAUGUGAAAAAGCAGUUCUGGUUCUGACCAACAACACCAGAUUCUAAUAGAAUAGUUUGAAAGAAGAAAAGAAGUUUGGAUUUAAUCAGAACUUCACUGAAGUCUCCAAACUGAAACACGGUUCUGACUCCAAACCCAAGUAUGUUUGUUAUCAGAGCAGGUUCUGUAUCUGACAGCUUUAAAGUCUCUUUGUCAAGUGGAUCCGACCAGACUGUUGUGGCAGAAAGUGACCGAAAGAAUCCAAAGAGUCUGGUCAUCAUUGUGAAUCUGUCGCCUUAAACAAACUCCAACUUUCACAUGGUCAUUUGAUCCGUUGUUAAGAAAAGACAUACUGAUCAGAGUUGCUUUUAUUUGCUGUAAUAUCUGUAGAUUUAGUUGUAAAGUCAGUUCAGUGUUAAACUUUGCUCACACACUGAACAUCAGAACAUUUUCUGUUUUCCACUAUACAAAUCUCAUGUGAUGUAAAUCGCCUCCAUCUAUAUUAUUAUAAAUGUUCUGCGUGUUUAAACGACGUCUGUUUGUUGAAUCACUUCUCUGGAUUCAGGUUUUAUUUCUGACUUAUGAAGAUUAAAGUUUUGCUCAUUUUCA